UACACACGCAGAAAUUCACAGACUUUUUGGAGCACUUCAAGAUCCAAUCAACACUAAAAUUUUCAUGUAUGUAAACUUGUAACAGCAGGAGUGGUGGAUCCACCUUUUUGGAGACAUAUAUUGUGCGCAUGCUUACCAUACAUGUGCGGGCCACCGUAGUUUACACAUUUUGACACAUGACAACAAUGUUAUGUUAUGUUUGGGCUCCUCUCAAGUUAGAUCCAUAUCCAGCUCGCUCCCUCUCGUGAGCGCGCCACUGAAGGCUGAAGAACGAAGAGCGUCUCCUCCUGAUGACGUUGACCGACGCGUCACCGUGUUUUGAGUUUCAGCGGGUCUACAGCAGCUGGUCUACAAUAGUCCAGGGAAGAGAGGUUCGUCCACGUUUACAGGUUUAACAAUGGAAAACAACGCCCGUGUCAGUUUAAUGAUCAUGUAUGAGGAUGAGACGGUGGAUGUCCGUUACAGUAACGGAGCCCAGUUACAAGUGUCGCCCUGUGGAUGUGAAUUCAUGGUGGUAAAGCCAAAGGACCCCUCCGGACAUCCUCUGCAGCCCAUAGAGAGAGUCCGACAGAGGACGAGAUUCACCAUCAGCGCUUACAAGGAGUUGAUGGUGGCUGUGUUAGAGUUUAGAAAUAAAUAUGCAAGUCGGCCAUAUCUGCCAGAGGAACUCAUUCUUCCUGAACACAAAAAGCGUUUUUGUGGCAUUGACUCAGAUGUGCACUGGCCUGAGUGGUCAUCCUGUGAAGCUGAACCCGGAGCCAGAGGAGAGACCAUCAUCAGGUCAGAGGAGGGACGAGCUGUGUUGAUGCUGUCUCCUUCAGGUGACGAAUUCUCUGUUGAGUUCACAUGCAACCUCAGUCGGAAUAAAAGCAGCCAAGGCACUCAGCAACAGCAGCAUCAACCAGAGGAGACGUUCCAGUCUACCACAGUGGUCCAACAUCACUCCUGCGCUAAGGUUGACCCUAUUUGGUGCUACCCUCUCUCUUUGGCACACCAUCUUGCAGCAGCUAGUCUCUCUAAACCUGAAGAUCACAGAGCAGAAGGAGUGAGAAAUCACGCCCGAAAGUCUGAUGUGAAGAGAAGCUCUCAGCUUCCUCAGGCGCUGCCUCUCAAGUGUGCUUCACCUCACUGGCACAGAUGGAAGGUCGAAGAUCCUCUCGUUAAAAGUGAUCAUCUAGACCAAGAUCUACCAACAGAGCUGGUUAAAGUGAUUUGGUGUCAGGGAGUUACAUACAGGAUUCUCAGUGGGGCUGUCGCAGUAGUCGAGGUUUCCCCAGGAGAUGGUUCAGUCAUGCGGUCUAACGGUGUUCUCAACACUUAUUUUACUCUUCACAGACCUGAGCUGUCAGGACAGUCUAUCUCACAGGUGAGAGAAGUAACAUACCAUCUGAACAGCCUUCCACCUGACGUACCGGGACAGCUGUACUCUAUAUGCUCUGUUGCGAGUCGUGCAAGUAGGAUCCUGACAUGCUACAACGAGGCCAAGCUAUCACUAAAGCUUCCUGUAACGCCCAGCUGUCUUCAAGAUGAGCAGGGUAGAUAUUCUUCUAAUCCGGCAAUGACUGAAGGAAAUCUGUCCAAUCCUGCAUCUAUUGAGCAGCUUGUGGAUGUAGAAAGCCGGUCAGAUCUUGUCGCUGCAGAGCUGGAGAAGAUCAGAAGAUUCAACUUUCUGCUAGAGAACAGAUGCCUGCCAGGAAAUGAGAGAAGACGUUCAGAAGUGGAGUGUACAUCUGCAGAGCAUGUGACUCAUGAGCCAGUGAGUGAAAACUGCAUCGCUGAAGCUCUACAGAGGACAUCUAAGGCCAUACAGGACAUCGAUGCUCUCAUAUCUGCUGCCACACUCACAUGAAGGACUUUUGAGACUAAUGAGUUUAUAUCAGAUGCAAACAUUCAAACAGAAAGUGUUUUUAUUAAAGAUGUCUUAAUGUCCUCCCAGUACACUUCCGGUGAGGAUUAAAGAUAAGAA